AUGGUACUACGGUCGUGCGUCGGAGCGCUCCGAGUGGCGCGGUCCAGCUGCAGAAGACGCUUUUGCGGAUCGAGACUGGAAAACAUAGCUACAAUCAGGCAGGCGCAUCUUUCUUGCCCCUUCGUCUCUUCUCAACCCUGUUCUUGGCGUCAUCUUUCCCAGCGGGCGUUCCAUGUCGCCUCGUCGAAUCCCGCGUCACCAGCUGACGAGUCAUCGUCGCAAACUGUCACGGUUUCUUUCGUACUUCCUGACAAUUCCGAAAAGCUUGUCGAGGCCAAGGUUGGAGAUAGCAUUCUCGAAGUCGCUCACUCGAACGACAUUGAGCUUGAAGGCGCUUGUGAAGGAGCCUGCUCUUGCUCAACGUGCCACGUCAUCCUGGAACAGGAGGUCUACGAUGAGCUGCCCGAGCCGUCGGAACAAGAGGAAGACAUGCUUGACCUGGCAGCGUGCCUGACCCCAACUUCGCGGCUUGGGUGUCAAGUUCACAUCACUCCCGAUUUGAAAAACGCGAAGAUUCGGCUACCGCAAAUCACGCGGAACUUUUACGUCGAUGGCCAUGUUCCAGCGCCCCACUGA